ACUAUUGAAGUAUCAACAUGCUUCGUGUUAUUUUAUUAAUAUCCAUAAUUCUUAAUUUUGCGAAUUGUAUUCCGUGUCUUUCAGGUGACUGCGGUUUAAAUGCUAAUAUCGGCAAUCAAAUUAGUAACGGGAAUAUCGAUUAUUCAGAUUAUCCAAACCCGAGUGUAGAUGACGCCCUAGACAACCGUAUAGAAGACCACGAUGAAUACCAACACUCCGGUGAUGGAAUUGAUCCCGACGAUCACUUUCAAGCCACAAACAUUGGACAUGUUAACUCGGGUAUCCAGAUUACACAACCUCAACCUGGAUAUAACGUGUACAUACCAGUACAACCUCCUCAGGUAAAGCCUCCUAACCAUGUGAAACCGAAGCCAAGUCCCCCAAUACGACCUAAAAAACCAAACCAUGGGCAUGUGAAACCUACUAAGAAACCUCCAAAACAACCCAGAAAACCUAAUCCAGGUCAAAAACCUUCCGUUCAAUGUACAAAUUUUAAUAAUUGUAUCGCUGGAACUAAUGCAAAACCAACCAAGAAUUCUAAAGUAAAUAUCCAGAGCAAUGGUCAUGUAAAACCUACUAAAAAGCCUCCAAAAAUUACUAGAAAACCAAACACCAAGACUACUACUAAAAAACCACAUGUUAAAUGUACAAAUAAUGGAAAAUGUGAUUCUGGGAAUAACGAACAAUCAAAUCAAUUUACAACUGCUACUCCCGAAAACACUGGUACUAUUAUAGGCCCUCCUGUUAAAUGUACGAGUAAUUGUGCGACUGGAACAAAGGCAGAACCAACCGAUAAUUCUAAAGGAAACACACUGGACAAUAGUGACGUGAAACCUACUAAAAGACCUCCGAAAAUUUCUAAAAAACCAAACAUCAAGAGUACUACUAAGAAACCACAUGUUAAAUGUACAAAUAAUGGAAAAUGUGAUUCUGGAAAUAAUGUGCUACCAAAUCAAGCUACAACUCCCAAAAAUUCUGGUACUAUUAAAAACGAUAAUAAAUGUGUAAGUAAAAAAGUCUGCACUAUUACACAAGAUGAUGUAGGUAAAGAAAUCGAAAACUGUACGUACUAUAAAGAUUGUAAUGAAACACAAAAUCCUAAAGGAAAUAAUAAGGCCAAGCCCAAAAAAUCUGUGAAUUUCGACAAAGUGUUUGAUAACCUAGCCAAAAAGGUAAUUGCCUUUGAUAAAGCAAUUUUGUUGCAUUGCACAAAAUAUCAAAACGAAGUCUAUGAGUUUUACGGAAAAGACAAGUAUACAUUAGAAUACAAACUACCAAUGGGAUAUAAGACUGAGGAUUUUGAUGUGAAGGCAAAGCAUAGGGUUAUUUAUGUUAAAGCAAAUAAUCAGCAACUGGGUAAUUUUAAUGACAUAAGAUUGGUAUCUGAUAUAUUAAAUAUAGAACAUACAGAUUGGGAGUUACAUGGUGAUAAACUGAUAAUAAAUAUUCCAUACAAGACGCAAUUGGAACAACAAAGCAAAAUUAUUUGUUCUAAUACAAUAAAUAAUAAUACUAUACCAAUUUUGCCAUUAGAUGACCAGGUGUUUGUCUAUAGAAUGCGUAAGCCAUAAAAAUCCGUUGAGUAUUAUAAUUUGUACUAUUAGUAUUUCGUUGUAUCUAUUGUAUUGUGCGUGAAUUAACUUAUAAUAAAACAGAAUUGAAAGUGUUGACAAUUAGUGAUAUAAAAUUUCAAGUUGUCUAACAAUUUAAUUUGUAAGUCAAAACCUAAAUUAAAAUUUACAUGUAAGUUUUUAAAUACUACACCAAUUUUGUCGUUUGAUGAUGAUGUUAUUCACUUAUAAGUAUUAAAUAUGCAUUAUUAUAAUAUUAGAAUCAUUCAACAUUCUUAAAUAUUAUGAUUUGUACGUAUUUGACUGUUUUGUUAUAUUGUGUAAGUAUAUUGUGUUUAUUAAACAAAAUUUAAAAUGAUGACUAUUAUAAUUAUGGAUAGGAAUUUCACGAUUAUAUUUAAUAUUUUAAGGGCCGAUUUUUCAAUCCUUGGU